AUGGCCGGCGAGAGCAGCACCAGGCGCCCCCUCUUCGGCGGCGCCAUCUCCACCGCCUUACCCGCCCGGUUCCAGGAUGUGAGCAACACUCGCGAGGUCCCCGACCACCAGGAAGUUGUCGUCGAUCCCGCCCGUGACGAGAGCCUCAUCUUCGAGCUGCUCGACCUCAAGGGCGAGGUGGAGGACGGCGGCAGCGCGCUCUGGUUCCUGCGCGACGUCGCCAACGAGCAAGAUGCGGGGGAUAACUUGGUGGUCGAGCACUCUGGUACAGUUGAGUUGGCUGGUCUGCGUUCCGGGGAAGCACCUGCAGUGGCUGGAACUGCAAUUGGCAAGCUGGCUGUUUCAAAAGGGAGGCAAGGCAGAGAAGCACAGAACAUUGUUCGGCUGUACUUAGCAAACAUACGUCUCAAGGAUGCAGCAACUGAUGUAGUUAUCACCGCAUAUGAGCCGCUGUUGAUAAAUCCUUUGAGUGAAAGUGCUCAGGCCGUUGCAGCUGGACCAGCAGUGCCCGCAGAACAGGCAGGAUGCUUGCCAAUGUCUGAGGUCUUCAGACUCGCAGUCAUGAACUUCGAUGUCCAUGAUUGGAACCUUUUCAAUGGCAGCGGUUGA